AUGUGGCUGAAUCUGUUCAUUGGGCGUUCCUUCCUCUUCCUCUUGUUGUGGGGCACAUACCUUUUAGUCUCUGCUUCAAAACCUCAUGAUGCCGCCUCCAAAGCAGUGUAUACCUGUACCGUUCCAGCAAACAAUGACGGUACCGACGACUCCCCGGCGAUACUAGACGCAUUCAAGGAGUGCCGCAAGAAUCGUCGCAUUGUUUUUUCAAACACAACAUAUCACAUCCGCCGUAUGAUGACCACGACGGAUUUGGAGAAUACUCAGAUCGAGAUCCACGGUACCUUGUUGUGGAGUGAUGACACGGACUACUGGCUAAGCAACCCCCAGCCUACUGGUUUCCAAAAUGGCUCUGCCGCUUGGUUUCUAGGCGGUAAAAACAUCACCGUGGAUGGUUUUGGUUACGGGACUUUGGAUGGAAAUGGCCAAGUCUGGUAUAUCUACGCGUACAAUCUCGUCAAGGGGCAGUCCAUGUAUCCGGAUCGACCACACGCUCUGGCAAUCUGGAAAGCAACGGACAUGACGGUACGCAAUCUUCGCAUGGUUCAAAGCCAAAUGUGGACCAUGGCAAUCAUGUGGUCGAAGAAUGUCCUCUUUGACGGGGUCUACAUCAACAGCACUUCAUCUAAUGGCUACCCCGCCAGAAACACUGACGGAGCAGAUACCAUCAAUUCGGACCAUAUCACCUUCCGCAACAUGUACAUCCGAAACGGAGACGACGCCAUCGCCAUAAAGGGCAACUCUACUAAUAUCUUGAUCGAGGACUCCACCCUUGACCGUUCUCUUGGCAUUGCAUUCGGUAGUCUCGGCCAGUAUAAAGGCGAAUUCGAACGCGUCGAGAACGUUACUGUUCGCCGAAUUAAGGGCUUCAAAACUCGACACGGCGCCUACGUCAAGACGUGGACGGGUGACCAAGUAUCCUACCCACCGAAUGGUGGUGGAGGGGGGAUUGGCUUCACUAAUAUCAUUCCAGCCUUGACCGACUUCAAUCUGACGCAAGUGCAGCAAGCGCCAUUCGUAAUCGGGCAAUGCACAAGCUUUAGCGAGAGCAGCACCUACAAAAUCUCGGACAUGGUGGUUCGUGAGUGGAUAGGGGAUGGGGCCUCUAGUUAUGUUGCAGACAUGGAUUGUAGCAAAGGGGCGGGCGGCUGCGAAGACAUUACCAUCGAAGCUGUCAAUCUGAAAAACACGACCACCGGGGCCGCUGUUGCACGAUAUCGGUGCAGAGAUGUUGCUAGUUUGCGUGGCUUCGAGUGCAGUUAG